CACGCAUAUGAUCGUCGUAAACACAGCGGAAGCCCGACCAGCGACCUGCCGACCAGCUGCGCUCUUCAUUUUCUGAAAAUUCGACCGGUCGUGAUGCUGGACUCUUUAAAGUGGCCUUACGCCCUCUUUUUCUGUCUUCAACUGCUUCGGCUCACCACAGCUGCUUUCAACUUCUCUGACAUCGAUUUGCCUGAUGAACAUCUGCCCUAUUACUUCAAAACGUUUCCUAAAGUUGCCGAAGAGUGUAGAGAAGAUCCUGAGUGCCCAUUCAAGGUCCACCUUGACAAACAAGUCUGCUGGGGUUAUGAGCCAGAUUGUCAGAGAGACGAAGCAUUCCAAACCCCACUCUGUCCUGGCAGCCACAAAGGAUGGGUUAAGGACAAGGAAGCGCAGAUAAACACGUUCUACACCCAAGCAGAUUUUGGAUUUUUAAAAGAACAAUUCAAGCAAAUCAAAAUUAUGUGCGAGCCACUUUUUAGGGAGGACUCGGCGUUAGAAUGCAGUGACAAUUUGAAGUUUUGCCGCGGAAGGAACAUAAUGAUAAAUUUCACACAGCUUACUUCAGAACCAUCUCGAUAUAAAAUGGACUAUUUGAGGCCUGGCCAAAUCGGUGGCUACUGCACGUUCCACGAAGCAAGGCUGAAAGCAAAUUUGGAGCAUCUCAGUCCGCUGCAGUCGUGGGCACCAGAAAUGAGAAAUUUCCAAGCCCUUCUUCAAAGACCGAUCGAAAAUAAUCUCUGCGAUAUAGUUAUUGAAAAACCAACCUAUAUUUUAAAAAUUGACGCAGCUGUUAACAUGUACCACCACUUUUGUGACUUUUUCAACUUUUACGGUUCCCUCCAUCUGAACGCUUCGCACCCUGAUGCUUUCUCUGUCGACAACAAUAUUAUUCUUUGGGAGACCUUCGCCUACCACUCCUCUUUUGCCGACGCAUUCAAGGCUUUCACGAAGCAUCCGAUUUUAGACCUGAACACAUUCCGCGGAGAGGUGGUCUGCUUUAAAUCAGUAGUGUUUCCACUGCUGCCUCGAAUGAUCUUUGGACUUUACUACAACACUCCUGUUAUAUACGGGUGUGAAAACAGUGGUUUGUUUAAGGCAUUCUCUCAGUUCAUGUUGCACCGGCUGAAAAUUACUAGGAGAGACUCGGAACACUUUGAGACUGACAAAAAGCUUUCCACCGGAAAGAACGAGAAAAUUCGCAUAACGUUUUUGUCCCGAAAUACUGCAUACCGUAGAGUUUUAAAUGAAGCAAAGUUGCUUGAAGAAUUGAGAAAAGAUAAGAACUUUAGAGUGAGAAGGGUUGAGUACAAUCGUCAGAUUCCUUUCCCUAAGCAGGUGGCCAUCACGCAAAAUUCAGACAUAUUCAUUGGGAUGCACGGAGCAGGCCUCACUCACCUCUUGUUCCUUCCUGAUUGGGCUGUCUUGUUUGAAAUUUAUAAUUGUGAGGAUGAGCAUUGUUACAAGGAUCUCGCCAGAUUGAGAGGAGUUAAAUACAUGACAUGGACUAACUCCAGUGCCAUGAGACAGCAAGAUGAGGGGCAUCAUCCUGAUGGUGGAGCUCACGCAAAGUUUACAAAUUACGAGUUUGACUCAGAUGAGUUUGUGAAAAAGAUCAAUGAAGCUGCUAAACAUAUUAGAGCGCACAAGUCGUAUCAACUAUACUUAAAAAAAUUGAAAUAUUCAAGAGAAGACGAAUCUCCCGAGAAAGUUGACAUACAACCUGCUGAAUUGACUUCAAUUUCAAAUAAUAACGCUGAAAUUAAUAAUAACCAUGAUGAGCUGUGAUUGAUUUUUUCCAUAUGCUUAAUUAUUUGCUUUAAUAUUUUUGCUACAAAACUGAUGUAAUCAAAAGGCUGCUAACUUAAAAUUUAUUUUUGCUUACUAGUUAAUGUGUAUUGUAUUUUGUAUGCUUUGGCUUGAUUAAAUUAAAUGCUUCCACGGCAACUUGA